CAUGAUAUGAAGAAUUAUUAAAUCCGAAGUUUGUGUGAGGGCUUGAUAAUUCUUCAUAUCUUACGAAAACCGAAUUCAAUAAUUGUUUUAUUAUAUAUUUAUUUAAAAGAUGAAACAGAAAUCUGUGGCUAUGGGUUUAAUUCGUCGAGAUAAUGACCAGUUCUUUUCCUCAUGGGCAUGGCCACAUGCAGAAAAUGUUUCCUGUUUUUCUUUCAUAAUUUCGUUACGAUUUUCAAAACUCCUCAUGUUCUUUAUAUUUUGAAAGUCGUUCCCAUUUAAACCUGCGAAAACGGCCGAAGCGGGCCACGAAAUACUAAACGCAGUGGAAGCAUCUCGAGAGAGAGAGGCACUUGGGGGGGGGGUUGAAAAAUAUCCUGGUGGUUGAAUAGAUUGUUGGGGGUUUGGAGCCAUGUUAAAAUUUGAAUUCCAUUGGAUAGCUGGUCACACUGGUGGAGCGGGGUGCUUCGGGUCAGAGUCGCAUAAUUUUUCGAGGUGGAGUAAUGACAACAAUGUUUAAAACAAAACGUUUUCUUUAAUCGUUAGUUACAAUUUUAAUUCCAAUUUUUUUAGACAAACCAGCUAGUCAACUAACUCAACCUGCUUUUAAGAAAAGUGUAACAGGUAAGGAAUUAAAUUAUGCUUAAUGAAACUUUGUCCAUUGCUAAUAACAGAAUCGGGGGCCAGAGCUGGAGGCUAUACUUAGCCUGAAAUUUUGUAAUUACAGAGGAAGGCUAAACCCCUCCAAAUAUAAGCGCUGCUCCCGUUCAGGUCGUCGGGUCUAAAAUGUGUAUAAAAUGGUAAAUUUCGCUUGAAAUUUCCAUCAACCAAAAUUAAACUAUUCAACAUUCAGCUCUAUUGAGCGAGAUGCCCAAAAAUCUUGAUUAUUUUAGAUCAACCUUAUUUUCAGUGUCCCUUCAGUUUAAUUAUCUUUCCUAUUCACCCCCACAUUCAUAGGCAGAACUAGGAGUGGUGAGCAUGGGAGUGCAACUUCCCCCUCUCAAAUUACAGUAGCCCCCUGCUAUUCUCAUAAGCCCCCUCUCUAUCAACCCUUACCCCUCUUCACAACAAAGAACAUAUGCAUCUUAAUUGAUCAUGCAGCUGGACGUUCAUGUUAGUUACUGUGUUUUAUACUUUCUUUGUUUCGGCUACAUGAAUUUGUUCCCUUCUAUUGAGCCCCGCCCUCAAUCCUGCCUUAGAUAAAUAGGCUCCCCGCUGGGGAGUUCAUCGAGAUUUACGGUAAUGUAUUUGCAAUUUUCCAACAUGCCAGAAAUAUCAACCAGUAGACAACAAGCGACAAGGCCAUGCAAAAUAUCAAUUAAAAAUGUUCGGGUUGCAUUAAAAUAUUCUGUUUUGGCUAUUAAUACUCUAUUACAAGAGUGAUCUCGUGAGAUUUCUCGUUCUUUACUUUCCUGCUGAUCCAGUAGAAUCUUUCCUGGUUUGUAUUGAAUUUUCCACCUUGCAUGCGAAAUAGCGCAGUUGCUAUAAAUUACCUGCCCACGUAUCCUUUCCCUAAACUAGUUUAUGGCAAUAGUGGCAUAUCAGGGUGAUUGAAAAUUAUUAUAAUUUCUUUAGACACCGGGAAGGAUGGUGGAAGCUGCACAGAUGAUGAUUUGUCAGGCGAGGAGGAGGAAAUGCCUGAGAUAAUUUCUUCGAUUGCAUCUGAAUAUGAAGUAUGUUUUGGUAGAAAGUAGUAUUACUUAUAUGUAGUCAUAGCAUUACUUCUCUGUUUCCUGGGCAUAGCCAUAUAGCCCACAUCACUGCAUUCUAUAACCUGAGAUCCGCCAAGUAGUAGCGAUAUACUGUUAGAUAACUGCAUAAAUAUAUGAGCGAAGGAGUGUAUUGAAAAAUUUAAAAAUUUCCCCUUCAUUGUAUAAGGUCAUCACGACUUCAGUUGCAUGUGAUCCAAUUUGAUCCAUUACUUUGUAUUACUAGCGUAUGGCAUGUGCACAAAUUUCAUCGCUUGAUUUACGCCAAACAAUUGCAUCAAUAACAACAUAACAAUUGUGAGCAUCUCAGUGUUGAAGAAAUUUUUAGAUGGAAAUUUCGAGCGUAUGAUUAUACAAUUUUAGACGUAACCACGAACGGAUACUGUACAUGCAACUACUGUGUAUAGACCGUCUGGCGGCCCUGCGAUUUCGAUGCAGCACUCUAACCAAGUCCAGUUGUCGAGCUCUAACUAAAAGUUAGAGCCGCAGGUUAGGGCUGCAGGUUCUAUUCCCAUACUAGUUGCAUAGAUAAUUAUGUUCUCUUGCAGACUGUCAACUACCCACCAAGACCUCCAAGUGUCAUCCAGGUGAGUUUAUUUACGGUAUUAUGUCGUUAUGCAAAGAAAAGGUCGUCCAGGAAAAUCAAAACAUCAGAUUUUUAUUGUCCCCUAUAUAUAUAAUAAAUGAGAACUUAACUUAAAAUCUGAUUCCAUGGGGGAGGAUUCCGAAAGUUCGUUUGUGAAUCUUGAAUAAUUUUAGCAUGGAAGGUCGCCCAUUCAUGGGGAUUCAAUAUUUCAGCUGAAUUGUCUCACCUUUGUACUGUAGGUAGAGCUGCUUCCAAUUAAUUGAUUAUACUUAACAACACUCGGAUCAUCUAUAUAUACAGUAUAUUACUGUAUAACAACCCUGCAUUUCUAUUACUCAAAUCAUACUUAACUGGUCGUACUCAAAGAUGUGAAGUCAAUGGAUCUAUUUCAGGGGGAAAUGACGUCAAAUGUGGUGUACCCCAGGGGUCUAUAUUGGGGCCACUAUUCUUCUUACUCUAUAUUAAUGAUCUACCUGCAUGUCUGAGUAAAACAAAACCAUGGCUGUUUGCUGAUGAUACAAAUAUCACAGCAGCUGGAGAAUGCUUAAGUGAUCUUGAAGAUGCAGUAAACUCAGAUUUAGAAAUGCUUCGUAAAUGGCUCAUGGCAAACAAACUGAGCUUGAAUGUGGCAAAAACUGAAUUUCAAAUUAUUGGUACUAAACAGAUGCUGAAGAAAGCUCUGUUCAGCAACUUAAAAUUCACAUUCAAAACAUACCCAUGAAGCAGGUUUUUCAAUGUAAAACACUGGGUGUGACUGUUGAUGAAAAUUUGUGUUGGAAGAGCAAUACAGAUAAGGGACCGGUCAUUAUUUAUGGUGGGGGGUGGCACCGAAGAGAAAUGUUUUUCAUGGCAAAAAUUUUGCUGACCCAACCAUUAAAAAGUAAAAAAUUUGACUACCCAAUCUCAAAUAUCAAUCAAAAAAUAAAUACUCACCCCUGGCCAAAAACUUUACAAACAGUACCAUUCAGUUGUCACACAUGUCCCUUGCCACUUCUGUGACAUGAGUUUGAUAAUGGAUUGUGAAUUUUUUUGCAGACUAAAGUUUUAUGUUGUCUGCACAUGUACUUUCUUUGGAGACACCAUUUAUCUCCCAACAAAUUGAAAAACAGUGAUCAAGAUAGUGACUCCGAUUGAUUCACAUAUUGUAUUGACAUUGCUUUUUAGUCUCCAAUAUUUCAGUGAGUCAUGCUUUGGAAAUUAUUAUUACCCAACCCUUGAGUUGUUUUGUUUUUCAUUUACCCAACCUUUUACUCACUCAAAAUUUUGUUUACCCAACCCUUUUCUCUUCGGUGCCACCCCCUGCCAUAAAUAAUGACCGGUCCCUAAUAUAUGUAAAAAGAUAUCAUCUGGAAUAUACGCUCUGAAAAGCAUUAAAGAAUAUGUUGAUCAAAAAACACUCGUUUCCGUAUACAAUGCUAUAAUUCAACCAUACUUUAGCUACUGUUGUGAAGUUUGGAAUAUAUUUGGUGAAACGCAAUCCACGCGUCUCCAAAAACUUCAUAACAGAGCUGCUCGUGUAAUAGCAUGUGUGCCUAAUGUGGUAGAUCAACAAACUGUGCUAAAUAUAUUAGGAUGGGAACCACUCAAGGAACAAAGAGUGAAAGCAAAGGCAAAAAUAAUGUUUAAAACGCUAAAUAACAUGGGGCCAAAUUGUCUCAAAGAAUUAUUUACUUUCAAAAAAGAAAUAUUAAACCGCAGACUUCGUAACAGCACAAGUACCAUACGUUUGCCCAAGCCAAACACAAACAAUAUGAAAAAGAGUUUCAUGUAUGAUGGAGCUUCCAUAUGGAACUCUCUUCCAAAAAAUAUAAGAGAAAGUAAUUCGCUCUCAAGUUUUAAAAGAAAAAUCGCUACCUAUAGCUUAUAAGGAAAACCACAUCAUUGUAAAUAGCAAACUUUUUGUAUAUAUUUUAAUAAUUUUUUAUUCUGCAUGUUAAUACUUCCUUAUUAUUUUACUUGUAACAAUUUGUUAAUGUUUUUUACACGCCCAUUGUGGAAACCAGCUUCUGCUGACAAUGUUAGCGUGGUUAAAUAAAGUUUAUCAUCAUCAUCAUCAUCAUCACAGCAUGAUAGAUUCAUCAGUAUUUCACUGACAGAUAACUUUGAUCCUGAUUUAAGUUUUUCAGAUAUUUAGUAGCGCUUAUAACCUGUUGAGUCAUUUGGUUUACAUAGCUUUUAGUUUAUUAAUUUGAAAAAUCUGGCUCCGUUACAGUAUCAGUUGGAUUAGUGGACAUCGUCAUCGUCUUGUUAGUUUUCUACUUGUGUGAAGUAAAGUAAACAAUUAAGUUAAACAAUACUUGAGUAAACAAUAAUUUCAAUCGUAAAUACAUUCUGAGUUGUUGGAUGACAACAAGGGAGGCACCAUAGAUAUCUUAUAUACACUAGAUAGCGCAUCUCUUUUAGUAAAAUUGAAGCCAAGAAUAUUCCAGCGGUUACCCCCAUUUGAAUAGAUGGCGGCCAUGUUGGUAGUUCCCACUCGCUAAUAAACGCUUAAAAACAACAAUAACUUUCAUCAUUUGAAUAGUUUGAAAAUGUAUUUGGAAUAGGUUUAACAUAACAUAAUUUAAGUUCCCUGUUUAAGAAAUAGAAAACAUACGAGUCUUCUCAUUUCAUGGAAAUAUCCUGAGUCUGCAAUCACGGCUUCAAUUUUUGAAUUGCAGAAUAAUUAGAUGCACUAUCUAGUGUAUAUAAAAUAUCUAUGGGAGGCACAUGUCAAAUUUUAAUUAGUCAAAGCCAUUAAUCGAUAUUUAUAAAUUGUUAAUAACGAUUAGUCGAUUAUGAAAAUGACCGAUGGGAGCAGCUCUACUUGUAGGCCAGUCGCUUUCGUAGUAGGACUAACGUAUUCGAUUCUAUAUAGGACUUGACUUUCGUGCCUCAAUUUGCAGAAACCUAUAAUAACUUUAAUAUCCUGUUCGUCUUUUAGCCUCGUCACUCAAGCAAGGAAGGCUAUCUAUACAAGCAAGGAGGGUGAGGCAUAUAGCCUUUAUAGUAAAUAGCGUAUGGGGGGAGGGGGCAUCCAAUAAAUGAAGGCGGUUGUUCCACAGUUUUAAAGUACUAGUGGUAAAAGAAAACGUGGAAAAAUACUUAAUUAAUUACUAUAAAAUAUUUAUUAUUACUCUUGGUAAGCGCUGAACAUGACUGCAUGCUGGUUUUUGAAAAUAGCGGUACAAUACACUGAAGCCUCUUUUAAAGUUGCAAUGUAAAAUUAUUUUAGCCAAUUCUAUAAAUGUAAUCUUAGUAGUAAGUACAACAAUAAGUCGGUGCAACGAUAAUCUCACAUACUUAAAUACUUCGAUGACCAGUGGGCACAUUUUGCUUGAAAAAAACUAUAACAUGCCUAACUAUAUUAAUGUAUAAAAUAGUUCAUUUAUAGUUAAUGUAUAUGUUAAGUUAAUGUUAAGUUAGAGAAUGCAAAAUGCCGCUAAAUUUUAUUUGGUACGUAGGCAACAAAAUAACAAAGGUUGGAAGAAAAGAUGGGUGGUAUUUGAUGGACAUGAACUUUGCUAUUACAAGGAUAAGGUAAAUCAAUGACCUGCUUGUCAGAGACGUUUGUAUCUGCAUGCGUCAGUAGAUAUAAUGCUGAGGUGCCAGAAACAUGUUAAUUUGUGUGUCUGUUUGCUUCUAGCCACUCAGCGUCAGCUUUAUAUAUUAAUAUAUAUUCUAAGCAAUCAGCGUACCUUCUUCCUCCUCGUGUUUGACCUCUCUAUAUAUUGUAUAACUGAAGUAACUAUUUCACGAUGGCGGACUAUUCAGAACCAUUCAAUCAGAGCGCGAGCAAUAUAAAUAUGGGCAUAUUUGUAAAUUUUGAGAAGGAAGUCAAGAAUAGAAGCGAGAGCAUUUUCAUUUUUUGUUUUAUUUUGAACACGAGUAAUGUUGAAGGAGUAUUUUUAAUAAGCAAAAUAUAUAUUAUUUUAAUAAUUUUUGACUCUAUGAAAAUGAUUCCCCAAUUAAAUUGAUUGCAAAUUACUGUAAGCCUCUUUAAAUACUGCACGCGAAUACCCUGUAUGCAUGACAUGUAUUCAUGCUUUGACUUAGAUGUAGUCUCUCAUAAAGUGUUAAACCUUAAGCAAUGAAUUUUUUUAAUCAGCAUUCAAUACGUAUGUAUGAUAGGCUAUACGUUGUCUUUCUCGGGAAACGUUUUGAAAUAUUGUAAAACAGCGCCAUAGUUUUGGAGCUUCUGCUCUAGGCAGGGCUAUUAAUUAAAUGAUAUUCACUUGCUGACAUUUCCGUACUUGAAAUAGUACAUGUAAAAUCCUCUGACCCCCCCCUCCCCCCCCAACUUCAGAUGCUUCGCUACGUCCCUGAAUGAAAAUAAUUCCCGUUUUACUUAAACUUAAGAAGUUCACACGUAGAAAUGGCCUAUUUGCAUGCGACGACUAUUCUAUAUAUGGAUUUUAGAAAUAUUAUGUACUAGGGGCGGACCAUUUGAUGGGAUAGAUUUUCAUUGAGCCCGAUAAUUAUAUAACCUCCAAAUGCUGCUCGAUUUGUUUUUUUAUUUCGUAGGCACAUAUACAAAAUUGUAUUCAUUUGCUAAGAAUUUGGACGGGCGAAAACAUAUUCAUUUUACAGAUGUAAAGCUGGUAUACUUUAUUUAGGGUAUUAUAAUAAGUUGCGGUAUAGUAACCAUGUGUUUAUAAAAUGCUCCGCCGUCCGUCGUGCGCCGUCCGCGGUCCGCCUUUUAUCCGUCCGUCCUUUAUCUAAACCCUUUGUAUGAAUGUUAGAUUAGCUACCUGACCCUCAUUUUUCUGAAUAGUAAUUACCUCACCCUCGAAAAAGGGGGUCGAACGGCCCCUAUAUUAUUACUAUCUUCAUCAUUCAGGAGAAAUAUCAAAAUGUGAAUGCAGUUUUUCACAGCAUGCAACCAUCAAUGCCCCAUUUACACGAUACCGGAUUCGCUUGUCACAACAUCGAAUUUAACGGUUUUAGGGUUGUCUUAACACUUUAAAUUGCGAUAAUACAACAAAACAAAAGGAACACUGUUAUAUGUUACGGCGUAUGUUGAUGUCGUAAAAAACGAAUUCGGUAUCGUGUAGCUGGGGCCUGAAAGGAAACUCGGCAGAUGGAUGUGCGCUUACGUACGCGUAUAUACCUUUUAAUUUUGCGUAGCUACGUACCCUUUAAUUUUUCUGAUAUUUUUGUAUUAGGAACAUACAAAUGAAUCACUGCAGAUGGUGCCACUGGCCAUUAUGAGAGAAGUUAGGAUUAUUACCGACGAUGUGAGUUCUUUACGUGUUGUUUAGCUUCAUGCAUGGAAAUAUGGACGAGUUCUUCGGACUCGCGUGCAAUUUUGAUUGUCUUUGAAAAACGUUUUGAAAUAUGGAGGAGUCCUUCGGAUUCGUUGAAAACGUUUUGAAAUGUGGAUUUGAAAUCAUUGAAAAACGUUUUGAAAUAUGGAUGAGUCCUUCGGAUUCGUUGAAAAACGUUUUGAAAUGUGGUUUUGAAAUAAUUGAAAAACUUGUGAAAUAUGGACGAUAUUGUGUGCAAUUUUGAUUGUCUUUGUGUGCGUUACAUGCGUCAGAUCAAUUUUGGAGUAUUGCGCACAGGUUUGGCAUUACAACAUACCUGAAUACCUGUCGGAACACAAAUAGAAAGAAUCGCUGAACAUAUAAUUAAUCCAACACUUUCAUAGAGCAAUGUCUUGACUAAACUCAUUUAAACUGAAAAUCCUCCUGUAUAUAGUUACAGUUUACGUGUUUUAAUAAACAUGCACCAGUUAAAUGUAUGAUUGAUCAUUUUAGAAACAUGCGUCACCAGAGUAUAAUGAACAAUGAUAACACAUUUUUAAAUAUUAAUUAACAAUUAUUGAACCAGCUCCAAGUUGAGCAUGAUAUCUAGAAAUAUCAAGGCUGAAGUUUAACUGCUGAAGACGUACUGUAUUUCAGCCUUUGUCGGUAGCAAAAACUAUUUUUCAAGAAAUUCAAUUCAAUUCAGUGAUUGUCCCUGCAUACAUACAUUUAGCAUAUUUAACUCGCCAUUGUAUCACAUGUGUACUAUAUAAUAUCCAGAUAACUGAAUUCAAACAAAACAUCCGCAUUCAAAACUGAGUAAAGUUUUUAUUGGCCGUGUAACUAUAUAGCUCUAUAACAAUGCCAAGAUUUAUAUAAACCUGUCCGUGCCGAACAAAUUUCGGCGGCCAUCUUUCUUCUCUUCCACUUUGAAUACAGAAUAUUCCAGUUUCAUCACACAAAAAUAAAAAAAUAAUAAUUAUAAAACAAUUAAAAACAGUUAAUUUACUUUUUUAUUUAAAUCUUCGUCUGAAAUUUGUUCAAAUCGCUUCAUAAUGGCCGCCGCCGAAACAUCGAUCUCGAACCCACCUCCUAAACAUACGUCAGCAUGUGGGUUCGAGAUUGAACGCACCUCCUCGUAGCCAAUAGGAAAGCCGCUAAUACGCUAGGUAUGAAAUAAAUCAACGAACUUCACAAUGAACUUCAGACUGUGUCUCGCCCCAGGCGCUAUAUAUGAAACGUUUGCAUGAAGUACGCUGCAUGUGGACGAAGUAUGUGGUACGUAAUUGUUACACGAACUAUAUAGAUGUACGCGUUUUACUCUCUGCGCUUCUGUAAUACCUCAUGUAUAUAACCUUUUAUAUAGAUAUUGGGGCAAGCACAAAUUGGGGCAAGCACUUGUAGUUCGUCUGGUUAUAAGUCUUCAAUAUAAAGACGGGCACAAGAAGCGUGCGUCUAGACGAACUUUUUGGGCGCAUAAUGAGUUUUAUGUGCCCGUCUUUAUAAUAGAUAUGCAAUAUAACUAAGUAUGUGAGUGUAGUUUUAAUACAAAAGCUAGUGCACGCUUCCAUUCAAGAAUACUAUUAAUUUGUUGACUUUAUAGACUAAACGUGCCAGAUUUGAUCUUACUUGUGCUGGAAGAACGUAUAUGUUUGCUUUGGGAACAGAAGAAAUGGGUAAGAAUGAUGUGAAUGUGCUUUGCGACAAUUUUCGUGUCUCUAUUCGUCUGUAA